CCGCGCUGGCGGAGUGGGCCCGGGCCCUCGGCCUCCCCGCGCCAUGGCCGCGCCCGGCCCGGUCACGCGGCAGGUUAGCGGCGGCGCCGCCCGGGUCCCGGCCCCGAGCGACCCCGAGCGCGGGCAGUCCCUGGCGGCCGCCGUGGCCGAGCUGCCGGUGCUGGACGCCCGCGGGCGGCGGGUGCCGUUCGGCGCGCUGUUCCGGGAGCGCCGCGCCGUGGUGGUGUUCGUGCGGCAUUUCCUGUGUUACAUCUGCAAGGAAUACGUGGAGGAUCUGGCCCGAAUCCCCAAGAGUUUCUUACAAGAAGCAGACGUGACCUUGAUAGUGAUUGGACAGUCAUCCUACCAUCAUAUUGAGUCUUUUUGCAAACUGACUGGAUAUUCUCAUGAAAUCUAUGUCGAUCCUGAGAGAGAAAUUUAUAAAAGAUUGGGAAUGAAAAGAGGUGAAGAAAUUGCCUCCUCAGGACAGAGCCCCCACGUAAAGUCAAAUCUACUCUCAGGAAGCCUUCAGAGCCUGUGGCGGGCAGUGACCGGCCCUCUCUUUGAUUUUCAAGGAGACCCAGCUCAGCAAGGUGGGACCCUCAUUUUAGGUCCAGGAAAAAGACAAGAAAUGAACACCAAAAUGUUGCCAGUAGAUAUCUCUGUGGUAAGAUUACAGUGUUAUUAUUUUCUUUUCUGUAUUUUUCUCUAUUUCCCAACUGUUCUAUAAUGAGCAUGAUUAAUAUCGUAGGGCCAGGAAAAGGUCUUUAAACAUUAUAUGACAAUUUUAUGCCUACAUAACAACCUUCACAACAGUGUAAAUUCUACAGGCUCUAGUCCACGUUUCCGUCCUAAUUGCUUUACUCAGAGGAAGUGUGGCAAUCUGAACGUCGCACAUAUAGCCAGUGCUCAUAGCACCUUCUUAGUACACACUUGCUAUCCAUUUCACUAGGAUUUUUGUGGAUUGGGGAGCUAUUGAGAAAAAAUUUGUUCUAGAUAUUUAAGAUAUGUAUUUAAAAUAUGGUCAAUGUGCUUUUUGAAAGGGAAUUAUAAGAAUUUUUUUUUCUGGCCGGGCGCGGUGGCUCAAGCCUGUAA